AUGUCUAAUAGUACAGUCAAAGUGACUUAUGAGAUUAGUGCUCACACUGUUCACUUUUUGGAUAUCCCGAAGUCUCAGUGCUCAGAGAACUGUAAGCCAGGGACCAGGAAAGUGCUGCAGUCUGAUCUAUAUUCUUGCUGUUAUUACUGUGUCCAGUGCCCUGAGGGGGAAAUAUCCAACUUGACUGACAGUGAAAAUUGCCUGAAGUGUGCUGACCAUGAGUGGCCCAAUGAGAAGAAGACUCGGUGUGUUCCCAAAGUGCUGGAAUUUCUGUCCUACACAAUUGACACAAUCAUUGUUAUUAUCCUGAUAGCAUCUUUUUUGCUUUGUUUUUUAACAUUUCUGAUUAUAAUUAUAUUUAUUUUGUACCGAGACACUCCUCUGGUGAAAGCCAAUAACAAGAACCUGAGCUUCCUUCUCCUAGUCUCCAUCAUGCUGAGCAUUCUCUCUGUGUUCCUGUUCCUCGGACAUCCUGUAGAUGCCACCUGCAUGUUGCGUCAGAUCUCUUUUGGAAUCCUUUUUUCAGUAGCCAUCUCUUGCGUCCUAGGCAAAACUAUCAUGGUUUAUAUUGCUUUUAAAGCCUUCAAACCUGGAAGUCCAUGGAAAAGCUGGAUCAGCACCAAGCUGUCUAAUUGUGUAGUGUUGAUGUGCUCAUCCAUCCAAGUGGUAAUCUGUAUGAGUUGGGUGACUGUCUCUCCACCUUUCCAGGAGCUGGACACUCAUUCUUAUCAGGGAAAGAUCAUUGUUCAGUGUAAUGAAGGUUCUCUUAUUGGGUUUUAUUCUGUCCUGGGUUAUCUGGGAAUCCUGGCAGCCAUUAGCUUUAUUACAGCAUUCUUGGCCAGGACAUUACCGGACAGUUUUAAUGAGGCCAAAUACAUCACCUUUAGCAUGCUGGUGUUCUGCAGUGUCUGGAUCACCAUGAUCCCGGCCUAUCUCAGCUCCAAAGGGAAAUACAUGGUGGCUGUUGAGAUCUUUGCAAUACUAGCUUCAUGUGCUGGACUUUUAGGUUGUAUAUAUUUCCCAAAAUGUUACAUUAUCCUAUGGAGACCAGAACUAAACACAAGAAAACAUAUACUUGAGAAAGGAAAUGAUCAUAUGUGUUACUCAUGA